GCACUGGGCGUUUAUUGGAAAAUAACAAGUAACCGAAAGACGAAGAUUAAAAGUAGGCCCCAUUGUUAAGCACUCUGUUUAAUCCAGCUGCACUACAUCAAUAUGGCAAACGCGAAGAUGUCGCAGCCAAAAUUCCUGCCUCGUAUCGAGAACAGUUCCGCAGCCAGCACAAACACUCACGUCGCCCCCGCCGGCGGUAAUCCUUUCGAGACAGAUGAUGACGAGAUAUUCAGCAAGCACAAGAUGACCGUCAACCUGCCGAGCGACUGCAGCGGGGAACUGGUGCACUUGAGCGUUUCAAGGAAUUGGAUGUUCUACCUGCUGGCGGCUACACACGGCCGAUUGAUCCUUUUUCGGUAUUUUCUGCCUCGCCCGAAUUCACAGCCAGCCCAAAUUGCGCUAGAGAAAUAUUUGACUGGCUAUAAAAUAACAAAUAUUUUUCUGGACACAACGGGUCAUCACCUGAUCAUAUCUCUAGUGCCCAAAUCACCCGGAGUCUCGCCGGACUUUCUCUACAUACACAGCACGGAGACGUCCCGAGUACAAUUGAAAGUGCGUCGCAUCGAAAAGCUAAAAGAUCAUGAGAUUACAUCGGUGGCCUUCAACACUUACCACGGCACGGAUACAACAACGGGCUCCAUACUGCUGGGCACAAGUCGUGGUCUUAUCUUUGAGACAGAGCUGGGACCCACAACUGACACAUAUCGCAAAAAGCUGUACGAUCUUGGCCAGGGUCUCGCCAAAUAUCCGAUAAAUGGGCUGGAGGUGCUGCGAGUGCCGAACAGCAAUCGAUGGAUAGUUGUUGCGACGACACCCAAUUGUAUUUACUCAUUUGAGGAGACACUGAGGCCAGAGGAACGUUCACUGCAGCCCAUAUUUGCCAGCUAUGUGAAUGGCGAACGGCAGCCGUACUGUGAGAAACAGAAGACAGAUUUGGGUUACUCCCUGAUACGAUUCUUUGCCCCGCCCAACAGUAAAUAUCCUAAACAAUGGGCUUGGCUCUGCGGCGCUGGCAUCCGGAUUGGAGAGCUAUCAAUUGAUUCGACCAGCACUGUCACGCUGCUGGGGGAUACGUUGAUUAAUCUGGAUUUUGAGAAAGCGAUGCAUUUGUCGUACGAAGAGCGGCGCAUAAGUGUGCCCAAGACAUUCGUGCUGACGGAAUAUCAUGCUGUGCUGCUCUAUAUGGAUCACAUAAGGGCCAUCUGCCUGCUCAAUCAGGAGUUGGUCUACCACGAAGUAUUCGAUGAAGUCCGAGUCGGUAGACCAUUGAAUAUGGAGCGCGAUGCUGUAACUGGCAUCAUUUAUGUUUACACCGACAAAUCGGUGUUCACCCUACAAAUUUCACGCGAGGAGCGCAACAUUUGGCGCAUCUACUUAAAUAGUGGCCAAUACGAGCUGGCCACGGCUCAUGCGGCCGAAGACCCCGAGAACCUGCAAUUGGUGUUGGCCGAACGUGCCGAGGCCGCGUUCAUGGAAGGCGCCUACGAAGUGGCAGCCAAUUAUUAUGCCGAAACCGAUAAGACGUUCGAAACGGUGUGCCUUAAAUUCAUGGAUUUGCCGGAUAAGCGUCCGAUUGUUAACUAUGUGAAGAAGCGACUAAAUCGACUAACCACGAGUGUGAAUGCAACGGACGAGAGUCAAGCGGAUGCCAUAAAAGCGUUAGUCAUUUGGCUUAUAGAUCUCUAUCUGACACAGAUUAACACGCCCGGCCAAGACGAAACGUGGCGCCACGAAUGGCAAACGGAAUACGAUGAGUUUAUGCGGGAAGAGCCCGUCUUGUUAUGCACCAGUAAGAAUCGGACGGCGGUGCGCCAGCUGAUUGCCGAGCAUGCGGAUCCACAUAGUCUUGCGCAAUUCGCAAUUUCGAUAAACGACUACGACGAGGUGAUCGGACAGCAGCUGAAAUCCGAUUGCUUUGCGGAGGCACUGCAAACGCUGUGCAGGCAACGUGAUCUUCAGCUCUACUACAAAUAUGCACCGCAACUGAUGGUGCGACUGCCGAGGCAAACGAUCGACGCUCUGAUUGCGCUAGAUGCCAAGCUAGAUAUUGAGAAAAUUGUGCCCACUCUGGUUGUAAUCGAUACGCAGGAGCAGCGAGAGCAUGUUAUACGCUAUCUCCGAUUUGCCGUCCUCACACUGAACACUUCAAACAAUGCCAUACAUAACUUUCUCCUGCAACUGUACGCUCAGCACGAACAGAAGCUGCUGAUGGAGUAUCUGUAUCUGCAGGGGCAGGACGAGUCCCUGGUCCAUUACGAUAUCCAUUUUGCACUAAAGGUCUGCACCGAACUAGGCAUUAAGGAGGCCUGCGUCUUUCUACAAUGCAUGCUGUGCAUGUGGACAACUGCCGUCGAUUUGGCCCUUGAGUUCGAUAUGAAAUUGGCCAAAAAGACGGCAUUAAUACCCAAGGACAAUGAGACGCGACGUAAAUUGUGGCUUCGCAUUGCCUACCAUGAAAUUAAGGGCACGAACGAUGUGAAGAAGGCACUCAGUCUGUUAAAGGAUUGCGACUAUCUAUUGCAAAUUGAGGAUCUGCUGCCAUUCUUUUCAGAUUUCGAGAAAAUCGAUAAUUUCAAAGAGGCUAUCUGUGAUGCUCUGAAAGACUACAACCAGCGGAUACAGGAGCUGCAAAGAGAAAUGUGUGAAUCCAAAGAGCAGUCGGAACGCGUCUGUAAGGAGCUGCGCCAACUGAAGGCACACAGUAUUCGGAUGGAGGCGCAGGAUGUGUGCGAUGUUUGCGAUCUCAUUCUGCUGGUGAAGCCGUUCUUUGUAUUUAUAUGUGGACAUAAGUUCCACAGCGAUUGCCUCGAUAAGCAAGUGGCACCAAUGCUUGGCAAGGAGCGCAGUCGUCGACUUAGCCUGCUUAAGCAACAAAUGGAAACGUUAAUGGCACAAACAGUUGGCACCGCCAAUCACACACCGGAUCAGCAGAAGAAACGCAUCGAACUGAAAACGGAAAUCGAAGAAAUACUUGCCGCCGAUUGCCUCUAUUGUGGCCUGCUGAUCGAGACAAUUGAUCAGCCCCUUGUCGAGAAUUGGGAUCAAGUGAACCUUGGCUGGGAAUAGCAGAGGCCGUAUUGCUUAUAAUUACAUAUUGUGGCAGUCAAAACUAAAAUAUAUUUCUCUCUUUUAAACA